AUGGCUAUAGGUGGGACUGUUACUCUUUUUGCAGGCAAAGGCAUUCCUAUCGGCAUCAGCAGUUUUAAUCAAAUUGUAGAACGAAACUUUACUUUUCUUGACAAAACUUUACUCAUCGCUGACUUCCUUGAAUGCAGUUCAGCAGUCUCUGUCAUUGUGCGACCAAGACGUUUUGGAAAGACAACAAAUAUCUCAAUGCUAAAGAAUUUUUUUUCUAUUCCUAAUGAUCCUGAUAAUAUAGAAUACCGGCAUGAAUUGUUCAAGAACACUAAAAUAAUAGAAAGGUCGGACUUGUUCAGGGAACACUUUUGCAAGUAUCCGAUCAUAUAUAUAUCUUUCAAGAACUAUGGCGAUUGUGAAAAUUGGGAGAAGAUGUGUGCCCAACUAUAUGAAGAAUUGAUAAGACUUUACCAAGAACAUGGAUAUGUUUAUCAUAAUCUUACAAAUUAUGAUAGGAAACGUUUCAAUGAUGUAAUCAAUAAGGAUGAGUACACUAUGAAAAAUCUUUUAAAGUAUACCCUUUACGAUCUUUCUCGCUGGCUGAAUAACUACCACCAUUGCAGAUGUAUUGUCUUGAUUGAUGAAUAUGAUCAUCCUCUUGAUAUUGCACAUCGCCAUGGGUAUUAUAAAGAAGCUUGUAGCUUCUUUGCUACUAUACUUGGAAUGCUUCUCAAGGAUAACGAUGAAAAUUUAGAGAAAGCCCUCCUUGCUGGCAUAUCUCGUGUUGCUAAAUCAGGAUUCUUGUCAGGGCUUAACAAUGUGAAGGUGUUUCCGAUGCAUGAAGAAAAGUAUGCAGACAAAUUCGGAUUUACAGAGGAUGAGGUUUCUCUUAUUAUUCAAUAUCACAACCUGGAAACCCAUCUGAAAGGAGUCAAACAAUGGUAUGGUGGCUAUGAGGCAGGAAAUUGUAUUCAUAUCUAUAAUCCCUGGUCAAUCAAUUCUUUUGUUAUUAAAAAGGUUUUUGGGCCGUACUGGAUCAAUACAGGUGGCACAGUAAUAAUCAAAAAAUUACUUUGGCGUUCAUCUGAAAAAGUUCAAGACCAGGUAGCAGAAUUGCUUUUGAAGGGUGCAAUUAAGGUGAAUAUCAUGGACGACAUUGAUUACGAAUUAUUAUCAUCUCAAUUUGCAUACCGGGCGUUUUGGACCUUGCUUUAUUAUGCAGGUUAUCUCACCAUGGAUCAUAAUAAGGUAUUGCAAAUUCCAAAUAAAGAGGUAGAAAUGGAAUGGCAGGACUGGCUGCAAGUGAAGUGUCCGUACACAGUGAACUCCCUGCUGGAUAUGUUAUUACAAGGCGAUCUUAAAAAUUUCAAAGUAUAUCUUCCAAAAAUAGUCAUGGAGAUUCUUUCCUGCUUUGAUGUUGCUGACAAUCAAGCAGAGUUUGGAUAUCACCUUUUCAUGAUCGGCUUGCUCUCUCAGGCACAAUUUCGUGGCUAUAGGUUAAUGUCAAACAAAGAGGAAGGUUUGGGACGUUUCGACUUGAAAAUCGAACCAGUGGGAAAUAAUGUAGAGUUUGAAACAUCAAUAAUUAUGGAGUUCAAAGUGCUGAAAAAAGAAAAAAAAAAGAAUAAGGGCAAUGUUUACGAAUCACUUCAGGCCAAUUCUAAGGAGGGAUCAGCACAGAUAUUAGAGAAAAAAUACCGUUCUGGUAUUCCCACAAGAUCUACAAAAUUAGUGGAGUGUGGAAUCGCUUUUCAAGGAAAGCAGGCAUGUGUGUCAAGUAGAGUUCUUCACAAGGAGGGUAAUAGAGUCAAUAAGAGAGUUGAUUAA